AACCUAUCACGUUGACGGUUAAAAUUUGACAAUGGCGAUAUCAUGAAGAUAAUAAAAAAUCGGUUCCAAUAAUUUAUUAUAUAACUCAAUUACAACCUGAGUGAAUGCAGUGAUAACACUUAAAAGUUCCCUUUAAAUCGAGAUAUCAAAAAGAGGCUUGUUUUAAGUUAACCUCAAAAUCAUGCCUGAACUCACAGAAGUCGAGAAACCUCAGGUGGCUGAAACAAAGCCAGAACAGUCAGCAUCAUCAACAGAAAGUGAUACUGAUGAUGAGAUUCCAGAACUUGAAGAUGCAGGUACAGGGGGUCCUACAGGAACUACUGCUUAUCCUGGGGCUGCAGCUGCAGGUUUACCCAUUGAUAUGGUAUCAAAAGCUAAACAGUCUAGAGGUGAAAAGAAAGCCAGAAAAAUAAUGUCAAAGCUGGGACUUAAACCGGUUCAGGGAGUAAAUCGAGUAACUAUUCGAAAAUCCAAGAACAUUCUGUUCGUCAUUAAUAAACCAGAUGUUUACAAAAAUCCAGUGAGUGACACAUACAUUGUCUUUGGAGAAGCUAAGAUUGAAGACUUGUCCCAGCAAGCCCAAGUGGCAGCUGCUGAGAAAUUCAAGGAAGUUAACCCUGCUGGUGAGGGUGCAACUGGCAAUCCAACCACUUCAGUGGCUCCUAUAGCUGAAGAAUCGGAAGAUGAAGAAGUGGACGAUACUGGUGUUGAAGAAAAGGACAUUGAGCUGGUGAUGACACAGGCGAACGUGAGUCGAGGAAAAGCGAUUAAAGCGCUAAAGAACAACGACAAUGACAUAGUCAAUGCCAUUAUGGAAUUGACCAUGUGAUAAGCUUCAUUGGUAAUCUGAUGUUUAAAAAGAUGUAAAAGAUUGAUCGCCCUUUCGUUUAGAGUCUUAAUAUAGGAUAGUGGCACUCUAUGGAGGGGCAAAAUUGGCCAUGCAUUUGAUGAGUCAACUUACCACCUACAUCUUAACUCAACUAGUUUUAUAAUUUUUAUUUGUGUUAUAGUUAUAAUUUUGCAGCACUGAGUUUGAGUGUAAAUACAUUUCUGUCACAAAAUACCAA